UUUCUCGUCCUGUUGACUUGUUUAGUGUGAGUUGGCGUGGCGGCAUCAGGGAGAGGCCCGGAGUGAGCCAGCGAGAGAGAGAGUGAGAGAGCGGACCAGCACCUUGACACAGUGUGAUACAAACAAAGAACUGCAGAGGCCAUGGCCACUGACACCCAGGGGUCGGCAGUUGAAGACCAUGCUCUGGGCCAGGCUGCAAAGGCUGACUCUCUAGCUGAGCGGGAGGAGGAGCUGCACAAAGCCCGUCUGAGCGCCAAGGCCAAGAGGAAGCUGCGGAAGAGCUCGUCGCGUGAUUCUGGGUCUGGCCGCGAGUCGUUUUCCGAGAGUGGGGAUGGAGGCUGCAGCAAAGGCAAGAUGGGGGACAAGAAAUCCCGAUCUGGAAAGGGUCGAGGCCUUCCAAAGAAAGGGGGAGCUGGAGGCAAAGGUGUGUGGGGUGCCGCAGCCCAGGUGUAUGAUGUGGAGCAGCCGGACAUUCACGACCCCAACUAUGAUGAUGAUAAGCAGGGUGAAACUGUGUUCCAGACAGUUGUUCCUGAGCUGGAUGACAGCGAGUUUGAAAAAGCAGUGACCCCCAUUAUUCAGGAGUACUUUCAACACGGCGAUACCAAAGAGGUUGCUACUCUGCUGAAGCAGAUGAACCUCGGCAGCAAGAAGAGCAAGCUGCCAUUCCUGUCGGUGAGCAUGUCACUGGAGGGCAAGGCCAGCCACCGCGAGCUCACCUCCCGGCUCCUGGCCGACCUGAGUGGGAAGCAGCUGCUGACCGAGGACGUGGCUGGAGCCUUCGACAAGCUGCUGCGUGACCUGCCCGACCUCAUCCUCGACACACCCGAGGCACCUCAGAUGGUGGGCCAGUUUGUAGCCCGCGCCAUGGCGGACCACGUCCUCUCUGCCGAAUUCCUGGAUAGCUACAAGGGGAAGGUGGACUGUGAGCAGACCCGCCAAGCGCUGGACAAAGCCACGGUGUUGUUGAGCAUGAACAGAGGGAUGCGUCUGGACAACGUGUGGGGAGUUGGCGGAGGCCUGCGCCCCGUGAAGCAACUGGUCAAGGAGAUGAACCUCCUGCUGAAGGAAUACCUGCUGUCCACGGACACUGCUGAAGCUGAGCUCUGCCUGCAGAACCUGGAGGUGCCCCACUUCCAUCAUGAGCUGGUCUAUGAGGCUGUGGUGAUGGCCCUCGAAUCGACCAGUGGCAACGCCUCCAAUUUGAUUGUGAAACUCCUGAAGAGCUUGUGGGAAUCUGGCUUUGUAACUCUCGAUCAGAUGAACCGGGGAUUCAAGCGGGUCUUCGAAGCCAUGCCUGAGAUCAGCUUGGACGUGCCAAACUCUUACAGCACGCUGAGGGGCUUUGUGGAGCUUUGCCAUCAACAAGGUGUCAUCACCAAAGCACUCCAGGAGCAGUGCCCUACACGUGACGAUGGGAGCUCUGUGGACGAUGGCACCAAGAACUGCAUUACUGAAGCAGCUCAGUGAGAGGCCUGGCGGUCAGAUGGAACGUGAUGCGGCAGUGGGAGGCCUGAGCAAGGGUGGUGUUUGGAUCUGCAGAAUGAAGGGGUCUGAGGGUGCAUCAGGCGGGGAAGCAAUCCUGUCAGAGUUCCAUUAAUUGGUCUGCCUGCUGCCAUGAUAAAAAAAAAAUGCAAACCCUACGCUAUAAAUGUGCUUUUGAACUCCCUUCUCAUAAGCAUGGUAUCCCCUGCUCCAUUUUGAUCUUGGAUCUUGUGGACUUAGUGCUGGAGGGUUUAUUUUAGAGCUCGGGACAAUGGAUUGUGGAACUUUGAAAUGCUUCCUGUUAAAAUGGAACUUUUAAGGAAUGAUUUGGUUGGGAGUGGGUUUACUCUGUGUGUUCUCACACCGCAGUGAAGAAUAAUCAACCGUAAAUCCAAUCUGUAACAUUCAGAGUCUCUGUGGCCUCUUGAAAAUAAAACAGUUUGCUUGAU